AUCUGUGUUCAGUACUACUCUUCAUUAUCUGUGGUUGUAAAUUCUCUAUGGGUUGUACCCCUCACCAAUCGUUCCAAACAGUGGUAUUGGGUGCUUUGUAGUGAAAUUGAGUGAUAUGGUUGGCUUUGAAAGUCUUUAAUUAGUUAAAGCAUUCACAGUCACAAGCGGAGAAAUUUCGAAAGACUUCUUUUUGUGAACGUGCGUAAAUAAAGACGUCAAAAUUUGUCGAAAGAAAGCAGAAAAGGCCAUGCCUAUGAACCACACAAACACAACUCCACUGGAAGAUAUGGCAGCUGGACGAGCAGUCAACUCCAGUAAUCAGUGUUUGAAAGUGUUUGUGCAACGAGAUUAUAGUGAAGGAACAUUAGUAAAGUUCCAGACUCGUUUCCCAACAGAACUGGAGGACAGGAUAGAACGCCAGGCAUUUGAGUAUACGGUUAAUCAGUUGAACGCAAUUUACGCAGAGGCAGAAAAGGCUGGCUGCAGUACGUACUGCGAAGGCUGCAUGGCUUGUCUCACAGCGUAUCUUAUUUAUAUAUGCACAGAGACGCAUUAUGAGAAGUGCCUGCGGAAGGUAGCGAAGUUCAUAGUGGAACAGAACGAGCGAGUAUAUGCACCCAGAGGACUCCUCAUCACAGAUCCAACUGAGAGAGGCCUUAGAGUCAUAGAAAUUUCAAUAUUAAAUGAACCCGCUGCUACUCGGACGUGACUCUCUCUUUCAGAGUCAACAGAAGAAUUUUUCAUGUGAACCGCGUGUCCUAUACCUCCUACACUAACAACAAAGACAUGACAAUAUUGUUUAAUAUUGGAGUUUCCUUCUAUACAAGAAACUUGAGACUGCUGUCAUGUGUUUUUUUUAUAUAAAGUAUUAAAUGUACAAUUCCCUAAUUUAUAAAAAAAAUGUUUUAUUCAAAUGGAAGCUUUUUCUAAAGAAAUCAGGACCUUCAGUCGAGGUUUUGAACGGUAAUGGCUGAAUGAUACUUAAUGCAAACAAAUAAAUUGGGGAAAAAGUUUUGAUAUUUUUCCCUGUAGAAAUUCUCAUAUGUACAUAUAAAUUGUGUGACUGUUCAUGUAACAUUAAAAAAAAAUUACUGCCUCUCAGUUUUAAUGGA